UUUGAGAAUGGAAUGUGUGCUUGGCAGAACAUUCCAGGAGAUGAUUUUGAUUGGUUAAGGAAUCAAGGAUCUACUACAGACUCAGGAACAGGACCUAAUGUUGAUCAUACCACUAAUACUGUGGAUGGUUUCUAUGUCUACACGGAGUCCAGCUAUCCCCAGGGAUCAGGAGAUGAGGCCUUUCUCUUCCUUGGUGUCCCUGAUCUGACCGGUCUUCACUGCCUUCAAUUCUGGUAUCAUAUGAUUGGUAAUGGUAUGGGGGAACUCCUGGUGUAUACAUCCAACUCAACUAUACUAGUAGUCACUGGGAAUGAUCUAUGGCGUAUGGUUGGUAGUCAAUCCCCUUCAUCAUAUGAGUGGCUGUAUGGACAGGUUACAAUUGACUUUGACUAUGCAAGCCAGAUUUAUUUUGUUGGUAUCGUUGGCUCAAGUAAAUCAGACAUGGCUUUAGAUGAUAUCUUCAUUGACAGUGGUGGUUGUGAAAUUCAACCGCCUCUAGCCGAUCCAUCAGUCGGACUCCAACCAUUGUCAUGUGACUUUGAUGAUAAUAGUCUAUGUAGUUGGACUCAAGACCGGACUGAUGAUUUUAAUUGGAUACUAAAUAAAGGCCAGACUAGUUCAUCCACCUCAGGACCUGAUACUGAUUACUCUGGAACAGGUUAUUACAUCUACCUAGAAGCUACCAGCCAAACUGAAGGUCAGGUGACUAGACUCCAAUCACCAACAAUGGUACCCUCAGGUGAAGGUAUCUUCUGUCUUCAGUUCUACUAUCACAUGUAUGGUAGUGGUAUGGGAACACUCAAUGUAAUAUUGGUUGGAGGAGGGGGAUCUACAGAGAUAUUAUUCUCUAAAGGAGGCACAGACAUGGGGAACGUAUGGAAUGAAGCCUUUGUCAACGUUGUAUCCAACGAUGUUGAGUUCCACUUGGUCUUUGAAGGUAUACGUGGGUCAUCUGAUUCUGGGGAUUUAGCUGUUGAUGUUAUCACCAUUACUGAUGGCUUAUGCCCACCAACAAGAACCUGUGAUUUUGAGCUUGGGUUCUGCGGAUGGUUACAGGAGCCCUCUACGGAUGAUUUUGAUUGGUCACGUGAUGCAGGUGUUGACGUUCCCCAUGGCAACGAUAAAUUCAUUGAUCAUACAACAGGAUCAGAUACAGGUCAUUUCAUCUAUGCUGAUCAGUCACUUGGUGCAGCAGGACAGAGGGCGCUGCUCUACAGCGGUGCCUUGGAUGCCACACCUGUUGGUGACUGUAUGACAUUCUGGUAUCAUCUAGCCAGUACAGAUAGGACAGUAGGAUCUAUUAGGGUAUGGGAAUUGAUUAAUGGAGAACUGGUUGGUCCUUACUGGGAGUCAGGAACAGGUGUUCAGCCUAGCUUCUGGAUGCAAGCUAAGGUUAAUGUCAAAGCAAGCACCACUUUUGAGGUUGUUCUAGAAGCCCAGCUUAGUGAUAGUACCAAUCAGUGGUUAGCUGUUGAUGAUGUCAUAAUUGAUAGUGAACCAUGCCAGCACCAAGGUCUGUGUGAUUUUGAAGAGAAUGAUUACUGUUAUUGGUCAAAUACAAAGAAUGGAGACAAGUAUGAUUGGGAAUUGAAUCGUGGAACUACUGGUAGUCAAGAAACCGGACCAAGUAAGGACCAUACCACUGGCACAGAAAAUGGUCGCUAUGUAUAUAUAGAUGCCACUGAUUUCAGACAAGCUGAUGACAAUGCAAGGCUUGAGAGUGCAACUCUUCCAGCUGAAGAUUCAUGCUUUAGAUUCUGGUAUCACAUGUAUGGAAAAGGAAUGGGAUCUUUGAAUGUCUACACCAGAGAUCAGAUAAACCAAUUAAUGGUUUUAGAAUGGUCUGAGAGUGGUAACCAUGGUGAUCGAUGGUUGGAAGGCGUGGUCUCCCUGUCGAGUAUGAACUCAUAUAAUAUCAUCAUGGAAGCAACCUUUGGUGGUAAUUACACCGGAGAUGUUGCAUUAGAUGAUACUUUCAUUACACAGACUGGCCUGUGCAAUGAUACUGGUGUCAUUGGGUGUGACUUUGAGGAUGAUAUAUGUGGCUACACUCAAGAAGAUGAUGAUGAUUUUGAUUGGACGAGACACAAGGGACACACAGGAACUUCUGACACUGGUCCUCCGUUCGACCAUACAACAGGAACAGUGGAUGGUUAUUAUAUGUACAUAGAAACUUCUGGUCAAAGUGACUUUAAUAAAGCUCGCAUCUCAACCCCGAUGGUUCAACCUGCCGCUAGUCAAUGUGUAUUAUUCUGGUAUCAUAUGUACGGCCUAUCAAUAGAUACACUCAAUGUUUAUACCCGUCGCAAUGAUGGGCAAUCCCAACUAAGACCAGUCUGGACAAUGCAUCAACAGCAGUCUUUUGAUUGGCUACUAGGGUCUAUACAGCUUCAUGAACCUAUUGAAUAUCAGGUGGUCUUUGAAGGAGUAGUUGGACAGCUUUAUUUCGGUGAUAUUGCUCUUGAUGAUAUCAGUAUGUAUGAUGGUCAAUGUCCAGCUACUUCAAUCUGUGAAUUUGAAACACCAAGCAUAUGUGGUUACCGUAACGACAAAUCCGAUGAUUUUGAUUGGAUAAGAUGGUCUGGUUCCACACCCACAGAUAAUACUGGACCUGAGUAUGAUAUGACGCCUAACGCACAGAAUGGUCACUACAUGUAUAUUGAAGCUGACCCUCCUCAAAAGGAAGGUGAUUUGGCUCUUCUGAUUGGUCCACAUAUGUCACAUGACACAGAUACUACAUCCUGCUGGUCUUUCUAUUAUAAUAUGUAUGGGAAAGACACAGGCAGUCUGGAAGUUCUGUUAAAUGAAAAUUCUGGUACUACUACGAUCCUGAGUGUAUUAGAAGGAGAUCAAGGGAUGUUUUGGUUAAGAGAAUCUAUUGAGGUUCAUUCUAAUGGAUAUGAAAUCAUCUUUAAAGGAAUAGUAGGUAACGGUAUAGAAGGGGACAUCGCUAUCGACUCUGUGGAUGCUGUACAAAAAAGUUGUUUAAGCUGUGACUUUGAAUUGAGUCUGUGUGAUUGGGGAAAUGUUGAAGAUAGUGAUUUUAAUUGGAUCCGAUGGAGAGGAGAGACUAAUACACCAGGAACAGGACCUGAUACAGACCAUACUAAAAGAACACAAGAUGGUUUCUAUGUCUACAUGAACUCUGCUGAACCUCGUGAAGAGGGUCAAGUUGCCAAAUUGAGGAAGACCUUUAUUCCCAGCACUGAAGCUGAAGAUAUGUGUUUUACAUUCUGGUAUAGCAUGGUUGGCCUUGAUAUGGGAACGCUAGAACUCUACAAGGAAGAAUUGGAAGGAGAUAGUGAAGGGGUCAUCUGGAGGCUAAGCGGUCAACAAAGUUCAUCUGGUUGGUUAAAGGCUACAGUGCCUUAUAGCAGAGCUGCAACGUUUGAAUUCCGAGGCAUUGUUGGAAAUGGCAGUCGAAGCGAUAUUGGCCUUGAUGACCUAAACCCUGUUUCCGGAAGAUGCAGUGUCACACCGGCUGAAGCUAGAGUUGGGGUACCUGUCACCCCAUCCUUACCCCCUACAAGUGAUAACCCAACAAGUGAUAACCCAACAACUCGUCGUAGGACUGAACAAAUCAAGACAACAUUGCCUCCAACAGAGGUGAUGAGAACAGAAGAACCACAGGGAGCUGAAGCGUUAGCAAUAACCCUUGGUGUUAUUGGUGGGGUAGUAGGUGUUAUUCUGAUAGUAAUUGCUUCUUGGUUCAUCACUAAAAGAAGAUCCAGUUCCAAGCUUGAAAUAGCAGCCCUCCAAAAUCACAUGGAAAACCCAGCUUAUGACCCAGAUGGAAUAGGUGGAGAUAUUGUAUUAAGAGACAUGGAAAAGAAACCAGUAGAUAUCGAACCACGUUACCAGUCUUUCGCUCCAGUAGUGAAUCCAGAUGAAGGCUUUGAAAAUCCUAUGUAUGCAAGCAUGAGGUCACCGGAUCAAUCUAUCAUCUAAUUAAUCAAAAGAUACACACGUUUUUCUAAGGUUUACCAAUUUAACUCCUUAAAUUGGUAACAAUGAACA